AUGACUCAACCACCAUCAUCUCCAACGGAGGAUAAUGAAAGCUCGAGUUCAAAAUGGAGAAAUCAUCACUUGUUUGGAGAUAAAUAUUAUAGUCCAACGGAUCCUCCAUUGCUAUUGGUUUAUGUUUCCGAACCUUUGAAAGAAGGAUCUGGACUAUCGGCAAGAACCACGUAUCUUGUAACGACAACCGUUGUUGCCACUAAAAAAUCCUAUUGUGUACGAAGGAGGUACAAGGAAUUUAAAAAAUUAUUCGAGGAGGUUACAAAAUUAAGAGGAGUUAAUUUAUCUUCUUUUCCAAAGAAAAAGUUAAAGAAGUUUCACGAGGAUGUUAUUGAAGAGAGACGUUUGAGUUUUGAGAUAAUUUUGAGAGAAAUGGCUGAAUAUCACCAGGUGGUUAUUAAUCCAUCUUUUAGAAAAUUUGUGGAAGUUCCCCUUAACGUCAACAUAUUUCCCUCUAACUUUUGCAUUAAUUCUUAUGUGUCACGAAGAAAGACCACUAUUUCUCCAAGAGGAGCACCAUCUAUAACGACAAAUACUGUAACUUCUAAUAAUGCUUCUUCAAGCCAAUUGAGUGAAGAAACAUCACCAACUGUGACCAUCAUUUCCAGUCAAAUCAUUGCUGACACACCAAAUAAUGACCAAGCUGUGGAUCAAGUAAUAGUUGAGGCAGAUCAAUCCAUAACUCUAACUCAGCCUGAAGAGUCACAAAUUACUGCACCAAUUACCAACGAAAACGAAUGCACACCAAUUGAGGCAAAUAAUACUUGUGAGGAAUCUUCAGGUGAGGCAAAUAAUUAUCAAGAACACAACCAAAUCAUUUCUCAGCUCUCAGCCGUUCACCUACAGGCUUCUCACAAUUCUACAAAUACUAGAAAGAGUACCGAUAUGCCUUACUAUCAGCUAAAGAUGGAAGCAGGAUCAUCGAAAUUGUUAGAUAUGAAUCCUGAAGAACGAGUUCAAGAAAUUUUAAGACAAAUCAAAUCAGAAACAAUGAAUUAA